ACAUCCUUUCUCUAAUUUCCUGCCUCUUCUGAUCAACUCUAUCUCCUCUCCCAACUUCUCUUUCAAAUUCACUUAUUGUCAUCCAAGAACAAACAUACAUAGGCAUAGACAAUUCGAUCUGCUACAUACGUUAACACUACCAGUCUCCAGUAUGCAGCCACCGAAAAUGUCUGAUCACGAGGACUUCUUCGCUCGCCGGUGUGUCUUGGUGAACGGUCCGGUCAUCGUAGGGGCCGGCCCAUCUGGACUAGCAGUGGGCGCCUGUCUCAAGGAACAGGGCGUACCCUUUGUAAUUCUUGAGAGGACGGACUGCAUUGCAUCUCUGUGGCAGAAGCGCACCUAUGAUCGCCUGAAACUUCACCUCCCUAAGCAAUUCUGCCAACUCCCUAAGGUUCCCUUCCCGGAGGACUUCCCUGAGUACCCAACCAAGAAACAGUUCAUCGGCUACCUCGAGUCAUAUGCUAAGCGUUUUGAGCUCAACCCACGAUUCAAUGAGUGCGUGCAGUCUGCAAAGUAUGAUGAGACUAGUGGGUUGUGGAGGGUCAAGACUGUUUCUACCAGCAGCGGCGGCGGCAACCGCACCGCCGAGAUUGAGUACAUUUGCCGCUGGCUUGUCGUGGCGACAGGGGAGAAUGCCGAGCCUGUGUUGCCUGAGAUCGAGGGACUGUCGGAAUUUGGAGGCCAUGUUAUGCACGCUUGUCACUACAGGUCUGGUGAGGACUACCGGGGAAAGCGUGUUCUAGUUGUGGGUUGUGGCAAUUCAGGCAUGGAAGUCUCUCUCGAUCUCUGCAACCACAAUGCCUUCCCAUCCAUGGUGGUUCGCAGCUCGGUUCAUGUAUUGCCGAGGGAGGUUCUCGGGAAAUCCACGUACGAAUUGGCUUUUUUCAUGGUCAAAUGGCUUCCUCUGUGGCUGGCUGAUAAGCUGCUGUUGAUAAUGGCAUGGUUGGUACUAGGAAACAUUGAGAAAUACGGGCUGAAACGACCUUCCAUGGGUCCUUUGCAGCUCAAGAAUUCUCAAGGAAAGACCCCUGUUUUGGACAUUGGUGCACUAUCAAAGAUCAAAUCUGGUUUGGUUAAAAUUGUUCCUGGGAUCAAAAGGUUCUCCCGUGGUUGUGUUGAGCUUGUUAAUGGAGAAAAGCUUGAGGUUGAUUCGGUUAUUCUGGCUACUGGGUAUCGCAGCAACGUCCCUUCUUGGCUACAGGAGAGUGAGUUCUUCUCCAAGAACGGGUUUCCAAAGUCUCCAUUUCCAAAUGGAUGGAAAGGCAAUGCAGGGCUUUAUGCAGUUGGGUUCACUAGGAGAGGGCUCUCUGGUGCAUCUUCUGAUGCAGUGAAGAUAGCACAAGAUAUUGGAAAAGUGUGGAAGGAAGAAACAAAGCAGAAAAAGCAGAUUACUGCCUGCCACCGGAGAUGCAUUUCACAGUUCUGAGAUCACACAGAUGACUCAAUAGUUCCAUGCAUCGAGUUUCUCCUUCUGGGUGCUUAUUGUAUUUGAUCUCUUUGCAUUUUUUCUUUUAAUUUCAUGGUUGGCGACCGAUCGAUCCGUCGAGAUGGGUAGCCGUGACAGAGAUCGAUCGUGUACAAUAAUUAUGUAAAAAGGAGAGAAAAGAAAAGAAAAAACACAGGAGACAGAUAGCACAGAGACCAGCCCUCUCCAAAAAGCCCAAGUUUUGAAAAUGAUGGGGCGUUUUGUGUACAGAGGAAGAUGAGGCUUUUUUUAGUGUUAGAUUACAAAGUUUUGUACAAUAAUCCAAUCAUUGAAUCUAAAUGAAAGAGUU